CAUAUCAGUAGACUUUGGACAAUUCUGGUGCUGGAUAUUUGUUAGAUUCAAUGUUUGGUGAUAUUUGUAGUUUUGGAUAAUUACUAAAAUGAUUUCGUUAAAAUUUGGGAUAUGGUUAUUGCUAUUAUACGUUCAGAUAAAAGACACAUAUUGUAAAGGAAAAAUAAGUUUGAAGUUAUUAGAAUAUAAUAAUCCUACAGGAACUGAUGCUAAAGGAGACUGUUGUGAUUCACCUGUAAAUACUCCUGGUUGUACUAUAGGAACAUGUGAUCAUAUAUUUAAGAUAUGUUUAUUGGACAGUAUAUCUAAUUCAAAUACCAGUAAUUGUUUACAGACUACUGAAGUUACAACUUCAGAUCAAAAUGUUGUCAAGUUUGACAAGAACCAACAAAAUGUACAGUUUGUAUUUGAUACUUGGCAGGGAGAAGCGCCUAUCCAGAUUGAAGUAUUUGAUUCUAAUACAGAUGACAAGAAGAACAUCUUAAUUGAUCUAUUCUUUAAUGUAUACAACUCAACACAGGCAGGGUUUAAUCAGACCAGCAUUGCUGCAGUUAAUCUCAAUCUCAUUGGUACAAGAAGUAAUAAUCCUACAAAUUUGAGAUUUUCAGUGUCAGUAUUUUGUGAUUCACAGUACUAUGGAAGUGAUUGCUCCACAAAAUGUGUGCCUACAAACAAAUGUGAUGGUCAUUACACAUGUGAUCAUCAGGGAAACAAAGUUUGUCUGAGUGGCUGGAGGGGAACAGACUGUACAGAUCAGGUUCCAGGCAGUGAUGUUGACUGCAGUGUAUACACAAAUAAAACAGAGUUUUCCACAAGUGAAUGGGAAGGAAUGUAUUCCUGUGACAAUAAACAACACAGUUACCAAAUUUUCUUGAAUGCCACGAAACCUAAAGAUACAUUGAAUAUUGAUGCAACUGUUUCUUUCAGAAACAACACAGUCAAAGUUUCUGGGACAUAUUCAAGUUGGAGUAAGGCAUUAGCUUUGCAAGUGGACACAUCACUUUUAUAUGAAGGUCAUAAUUUAACAAAGAUUUCCUUAGAAACCAGAGAGAUUAGUACAUCGGGUAUGAUUGGACAGUUAUCUUUAUACAAAGCAGAUGGCGGAAAAUUUACCUGUAUUGUUGAUCCUCUGAGUUUGAAAAAAGCUUACUUUGAUGGAUGUGAUUUUAAAGGAACUUGUGUGAGAUAUGGAAAGAGUAAACAGAACUAUUACUGCUGUUGUAAUGAUGGAACAAUUGGUACAAGUUGUACAAAGACAACAACUUCAAAGACAACAACCACAUUAACAACAAAAUCUACUCAAGGACCAACCACAACUGCAGUUGAAUCAACAACUACUGAAGUCACUACUCCAAUUCAAACAACAGCUUCAACUACAACUCAAAAACCAACAACACAAGUACCCACAACUAAACCUACCACCACUCCAAAACCAACCACACAAAUACCAACAACUAAACCUACCACUAUACCAUCGACUACACAAACAACAACACAAAUACCAACAACUAAACCUACCACCAAACUAACGACUACACCAACAACUACUGUUACUACAACAGAAACAACAACACAGCCUGAAACUACAUCAGAACCAACAACUCCUUCUGAACCAUCCACUACCUCUGAACCUAGAACUACACAUGAACCAACAACUCAUUCUGAACCAACCACUACCUCUGAACCUAGUACUACACCAGAACAAACAACAGAACCACCAACAAUGAUGCCUACAACUACCCCAACAACUACAACUGCAUCUACUACAGUAACAACUCAGCCAACAACUGUAAGGACAACUUUAAGACCAACUACACCAAAAACCACAACUCCAACAACAACUCCAACAACAACUACGCCAAAGCCAACUACUCUGUUGACAACUACACAAAAACCAACAACUUUAAUGACAACUACACUAAGACCAACAACUCCUGUUACAGUAUCCUUAUCAGAUACUUUUACGUUAAACUUGCUCAUGGUCCCAGCUGAGUUAGAUGGUUUAGCUGUGGUGAAUACACUACUGAAUUCAUGGAUUAUGGAAAAUAAAGGAUUGUUGAAUUUAACAAAAAACAACACAGAAAUAGAAAUUGGAGGCUUUGAUGAAACAAUUGCUGAAGGAUUACCAGUAACAAUCAUUAGAUAUAGAGUGAAAGUUAAAUCAUCUGUUAUAAACACUGUAUCAGCAAGACGUCCCAAUGACAACACAUUAAUACAACAGCUUAAGAUCCAAUACAAUACAAACCAAAUAUUACUGUAUACAGGGUCAGGGCCUUUCUUUCAAUUGAAAGAUAGUUUAAAGUUUUAUGUACAUGGUCCAGGGCCAGUUGAAAGUCAGAUAAAACACAUGGAGAAGGCUAUUUUGUCAGCUCAUAACAAUACUUGUGAGAGUAGUGGGAAAUGUGAAGUUACUAAAGAAACAAAAGCUGUUAUUAGAAUGAGGGAAGAAUAUGUUGGUGAUGAUGGGUUGGAAAUAACAGAAAUCACCUACUACAUUGAGAUCUUUGGUGCAGUAGUUGUCCCCACAAACUACAGUGAUAUUUCACCUGAUAAUUAUACUGAGGCCUUUAAAGCUGCUGGUAUACAUACUGUUGUUUACAGAGGACUUAAAACACUUAGAUAUAGGUUCCACUAUACACUGUUUAUUGAUGGUAAAGUGAGGACAGAAGAUGAGAAAGACUUUAAGGCUGCAAUAGAAAAUACUUGGCUCACAACAUUCCCAGGAUAUUACACUGGUUGUAGAGACUGUUUUGCUCAAAUUGUAAGACAAGAAAAAUACCUAACAGAUAAAGGAAAUGAAGUAACAGCCUUAAUAUACUACUUUUACUUUCAUUCAAUUCUUCAAGUACCACUAGAUUUCCUCCCUCCCAACAACACACUUAUGGUAGAUAAUAUACAUGUGAGAGGUGUAGACAACAGUACUUACACAUUAUACACAUCAGACGUGUAUUCUAGAUAUAGAAACAGCUUCAGUUUAUUAUUAGAAGGAGAAGAAGACAUCCCUACCACAUCCCUAACAGAUAAUCUACAGGCAGCUUUCUUAAAUUAUAGUGAUUCUUCAAAGACUAUCAAAGUUGUUCUGAAAACUACAGUAAACUGUAUUGAUGACCAAGGUGAUCUAGUAACAGAUUUAGUAUUUUUCCUGAUGAGAGAUGGAGAAAUAGUUGAUGCUAGAACAACUGACAAACCAUCAUUAGACUGGCUUCGUAACUGGUUCAUAAUGCAAAAAGUACUGAAGCAGAGUGGAAAACACUACAUGGUUUAUAAUAAGAAAGGCAGGGACAUAUUUCGGAUGGAUCAAAGUUGGCGUAUAAAUGUUGAAGGAUUUGUUAUGAUGUCAGACAUGAAGGCUAUUGAACAGUUGCUGAUAGAUUCAGUGAAUGUUACUAUAGAAACAGCCAAUAUUGAAGUACAGAUAUUAAAGUCUAGAAUGUUCAUGGAAAAGAAAAGCAGGAAACUAAUGACAGCACUAUACUAUGUAUGGAGAGUUAAUAGGGUUAUACAGGAGAAAUCACUGACCAGCACCUUAAUCAGAGAGAACAGCAUUGUUUACAUGAGGAAACACCUUUCUAUGUUGAAUUAUACAUUGUAUGACUCUAACACAUCAGAGUCUACACUGUUUAUGGACUAUCACUUUGAGUUAUACUUCAAGAUGGAAUUAUCAUCUAUAGAAUUGUUGGCAAAUUUUUCAUCUCAGCUUAUAACUGCCUUACAGGCAAAAUGGAUGGGUUAUACAGGCCAAGGUUUAGAAGUACAUGUAGCAUUCCAAGAGAAAGUCUACAUUGACAGUAAUCAAACAGAAGCAUGGAGAGUGGUAUUUUUCUUGACUUACACUAAUGUAAAUAAUGGAAACAAAACAGAAGUAAUUAAAUCCGAGUUUUCCAAACCAAUAACUGAGUUGUUAUUGUACCAGACUUUACCAUGGACUGGUUUGAAUGGACUGGAGUAUAAACUUUAUACUGAAGCCAGAUCACAGAAGGUCCUGUAUAAAAACCAACAUUUUAAUAUUCUGUUAUCAAGAGAGAUAUCAGUGUUUGACUGGAAACGUAUUGAAACUGAUCUCGGUGUGAUAUGGUGCAAACAUCUAGGAUGUAAAGAUAACACCAGUGUUUCUAUUACAAUAACAGAGCAGGAGAAAUAUGUGGACAUUUCUGGAAACUUCUACUGGAAUCUUGUAUACUUUGUGAUGGAACAUGGUGCUGUUUUGGAUUCUAGACGUUAUCAUACGAUAUCUGUAACCAAGGAUAUGUUUAAAUGGACCAAUCAAUAUGGUGGAUCGUAUGAGGUGGUUGUCCACAGGCCUGGUACUAUGUGGAAGUUUUCAUAUGGCUUUCGUCUCUACACUGACUACUCAGUAACAACCAAUAUCAAAUAUCUGAAGGAAGCUUUACUCAGAGUCUGGUAUCUAAAAGGAAUAGUUUCGGAAAAUUGCAAGUGUUUACAGAUUGACACAGUUCAUCAGCGACUAGUUACUGAUAUUACAGGGAAAACAAUGUGGGAACUGACCUACUUCAUUCGCAUCAAUGGCGGUUUGGUUCACUCGACCACAUGGCCUCGUAUUGAUCCAGCAUUGAUUGACAUCAGUUCACAGAAAUCAUUUAAGUUCCUAACAAACAUCGAUACCAAACUGUUUGUCAACUUGAUGUCAUUCUACUCUAACUACAAGAUGUCUAAGAAAGAUAUCACCAAAGUGGAGAGGGAGUUAACUACCAAAAUUGUAGAUAAAAAUGUUGUAUACAAGACAUGUAGAUGUGUAUCAGUAAAGAUUACAUCUCAAGAACAAGUAGUAAACAGUAAAGGAGAGAUUGUUUGGAGGGUAAAUUACCAAGUGUUGAAAAAUAAGAAGACCAUUAAGCCAUCAAGCAUCAAACCAAUCAACUGGUCUACAUUUAAUUUUAACAUGACAAAUAUACAUGGACAUAAGUAUCGCUUCUCCUGGGGCUGGACAGACUGGCAGAAAUACUUCCAUUAUAGUUACCUUGGGGGAUUAUAUGUAGGGUCCUGGAUACAACCAACUGAUUAUACCAAGUUUUACAGUGCUCUUGUUGAAUACUACAAACAGCAUUACAAAGGCCAUAAAAUUCAUAUUGAAGGAUUAAAUAAAACAAAGGAAUAUUAUACUUCAACUGGAGAGAAAACUUGGAGGCUCCCAUUCAUUCUGACAGUAGAUGGUAAAACAGUCAACCCACCAGCACUCAACACAACAGAGUUUGAAGCAAUGUUAAAUUUUACUUCUACCAAUGGGAAAUCUUAUAAACUAAAGACUGGGAGGCAUACAAUAGAUGCUACUCAUAUCUUCUCCUUCAACUUAAACCACAAAGUGUCAACAACUGAUCAUGAUAAAAUGAAAGGUGCUGUCAUUACUGCCUGGUGCACAGAACAUCCUGGGGUUGAUCCUUCCACAGUAACUGUAGACAUUAUGGGACAAGAAGAACUGGUAGACAAAACAACAGGGAAGUCUUCAUGGAAACUGCUGUAUACUUUGUCUGUAAAUGAAACAAAGACUGACAAGUGGACUUCUUUAAGUCUAACUAAUUCCCAUCUGUCUUCACACCUGAACUUUACCUCUGUAACAGGUGUCCCUUAUAGUACAGUCGACCUUAAAAGUUCUAUAUCUACUAGUAGUCUUCAUCAUUUAUACUUUAAAUCAUUUGUGGCCACAACUGACUUCAAGAUGGUUGCCAAAAAAUUGAAAACUUCAUGGACUGCUAAAUUGAAAGGAAUGGGACUAGACAACAUAGAAAUAAAAUUUAUCAGACAGAGACCUAUGGUUACAGAAACAGGAGAGAAAAUCUGGAGUUGGGAGUAUGUGAUAAACAUGAACAACAGUGUACCUGUCAAUAUACCUUUACCUGAGCUUUCACACACAGCUUUAGUGGCAGUGUUUAAGAAUGUGACCUCUACCAUUGGGGCCUCUUUGGUAUUAGUGAAACCAUCUAUAUCUAAUAUUGAGUACAACAGUCACUUUUCUGUGUAUCUAUCCAGUAAAGUUACACAUAACUCAUAUGAAGAGUUCAAGAAAAGAAUUAUUCAGGCCUGGAAAACAAAAGGAAUGAAUGUUACUAUUGACCAUAUGACACAAGAAGAACUGGUGGAUAAAGUUGAUGGCCAUUCUGUGUGGAGAUUAGUUUACUUUGUGAAGAAAGAAGGUAAAGUGGUAGAUUCCCGUACAGCUGUCAGAUUAAACACUACAAUAUUCUAUGGCAUCAGAGGACCUAGAGGAACAUAUAGAGUGUUAAACAAAGUCAAUCAGGUUGACAAUUCAUUCAUACCAUACCAGUGGACGUCUUCUGUGUUUGUCAAUCAUAGAUUUGGAACAGAGGCUACCAAGAAAAUGAGUUUGCUCCUGAAACAAAUGGUGGAAGAAAAAUUAUAUUUAACAGUUUGUAAAGACGUUCCAGUAGAUAUACAGUUUCUUUUAGAUGCAUCAGGAAGUGUUGGAAAAAUUAAUUAUGAGAAACAGAAAGAUUUUGUAUCGAAAUUUGGAGAAUCUUUUACAAUUGGACCUAAAAAUAUUCAGAUUGGUGUUACCAUAUUCUCAAGUAUUAUUAAAAAUCAGUUUAACAUGAAUAAAUACUCAGUUAAAAGGGAUUUACUGGCAGCAAUAAAGAAUAUUACAUAUAUUAGUGGCAAAACCUUCACUGAUGUUGCAUUGCAAUAUGUUGGAAAUCAUUCAUUUACCAAAUCUGCUGGUGAUCGAGAGAAUGCAGCUAAUGUUGUUAUAGUUAUGACUGACGGCAAAUCACGUGAUUUUAAUAAAACAAAGUUGGAGGCAAGUAAACUUCAUCAGGCUGGCAUCCAAGUGUUUGUUAUUGGUAUUGGUAAAGGAAUUCAAACUAAUGAGUUGAGAGUUAUUGCCUCUGAUAAUGGCAAUGUAUUCAUUGUGGACAGUUUUGAUGCCCUGAAUUCCAUACAGUCCAAGCUAAAGGCAACGACUUGUAAAGUAUCUGAGACUGUCACAGAACAAACGAUAACAAAUGUAUCAGUAGAAGUUAAAAGACAGGAAGAAUAUAUAACAUCUACAGGGGAAAGAGUAUGGAAACUUGUAUAUUUUGUAAAAGUGAAUGGUCAGUUUGUGCCAGCUACUUCAGUACCUGGUCUGGACAUUGACCAGUUGAUAGCCAGUUUAAACAUCACAGGACCACGUGGACAAACAUAUCAAAUUGUAAAGACUGAUAGAUCCAUGAUAUAUAACUAUAGAAAUAGAUUCUCAGUCUUCUUCACUGGUAAAGUGUCGGAAACAUCUCUCACCGCUAUACAGACGGCACUGUUAGAAACUUGGAAUUCGUCUUCUAAAGAAUAUUCAUUAUGUGGUUGUCUUUCCAUUGCCAAUAUAUCCAAAGAAAACAUUGAAGAGUUUGUUGAUAAUAAUGGGUAG